GGAGUGGAUAUGAAGGUGAUAAUCUGUCAGUCACGGUAUUGCUUAUUUAAGACUUUAAAAUUUAUUAGAUUUGCUUCUGUUCUUGUCAAAAAUAUGGAGGAUCUUGUCGUGAAAGAUAUGAAAGUUGUCCCUUGUGUGAAUUCAAAAUAUGUUCAACCAUCACGCCUUCAAUUUAACCAAAACGGAGUUAAUCGAGAAUGGGAUUACAUUAAUGUUCAUGACAGUGUGGCUGCAUUACUGCUAAACACAACAAGAAAUGAAUUUAUUUUGGUGAAACAAUUUAGACCCGCGGUGUACAUGAGAAAAAACAGACAACUAAAUGAACGAGACAGUGAUAAUACCAAGAUAAACCAAGAGUCAUCUUCAAUUGCUUUCAUAGCGGAUGUAAAUGAGGCAGUAACAUAUGAAUUGUGCGCAGGCAUUGUUGAUAAGAACAUUCCUUUGAAAUCUGUCAUGAAAGAAGAGAUCUUGGAAGAAUGUGGUUAUGAUGUGCCAGAAUCACACAUUGAACGUGUGUACUCAGCGUGGGGCUCAGUUGGCUUUGCUGGAACUUUACAAACAUUGUUCUUUGCAGAGGUUACUGAUGAUAUGAAAGUGAAUGAAGGAGGGGGGAAUAGGUCAGAGGGAGAGAAAAUUGAAGUGUAUUACCUACCCGGAGGGAAAGUGCUCGAUUUUUUGUAUAAUGAAAGUUUGCCGAAACCCCCAUCACUUAUCGCAGCAUUUUUCUGGUAUUUAAACACCAAAAAACUGAAAUAACAUUUGUGCAUGAUUAUAGUUGAUAUUCAAAUAGGUAUUAAUAUGUGAAAAUUGUGCAAUAAAUCAAGUGCUUAGUUUAAAAUGAGAAUUAGUU